UUAUUAAUCACCACCGUUCACGUCGCCUAUAAAACUCGUACCUACCUGUCUCCUCCCUGUUGAAACGGCACAAAGCUCCAUCCGUUCUGAAGGCUUUGUGGCCGAGUUCUCCUCCCCCACCUCCUCCUCCUCCUCCUCCUCUGUAGCCGAGCUGAGGCCAACGCGAGUAGUGACAUUCUCCUGCAAUGGGGUGCAAGUCGUGCGAGAAGCCCAGGCCGAACUACCGGAAGGGCCUGUGGUCACCGGAGGAGGACCAGAAGCUCCGCGACUACAUUCUCCGCCAUGGCCACGGCUGCUGGAGCGCGCUCCCUGCGAAUGCCGGGCUCCAGAGGAACGGGAAGAGCUGCCGGCUGCGGUGGAUCAACUACCUGCGGCCGGGGCUGAAGCACGGCGUGUUCUCGCCGGAGGAGGAGGAGACGGUGAUGAGCCUCCACGCCGCGCUCGGCAACAAGUGGUCUAGGAUAGCACGGCAUCUACCUGGGAGAACAGACAACGAGGUGAAGAACUACUGGAAUUCUUACCUGAAGAAGCGAGUGGAGAGCGGCGGCGGCAAGACGAGCCAAGGGCCACCAACCACGCCUGCGUCAGCCGCGAGCUCUCCCGCCGAUUCAGACGACUCGCACAGCCUGCAGCAGAAGCCGCACGAGCCGGCCAACUCCGACUCGUCGGAGCCGGCGCACGAGUCGUCGUCGGCGUCGGCCGACUCGAGCUGCCUGACGGUGACCACGGACCACCCGCCCGUCUCGAGGCCCCACGCGGCAGUGACACCCAAGGUCAUGUUCGCGGACUGGCUCGACAUGGAGUACAUCUGUGGGCAGGUCGCGGCAGCACCUGGUCUGGACGCUGCCGGAUUCGCGGUGGUUGGUGGUGCUGCAGGCGAUCAGCAGCAGCAGCAGCAGCAGGUGAUGAGCCAGGACGGAUCGGUUCAUCAGGCCGAUGGGCCAUCGUGCGGCGUGGACGAUUCUUCCCUGCAGCAGCAGCAGCAGGAGGGGUUCGGUGGCAACGGCGGCUGCUGGGAUUUUCAGGAGCAGUUCGACAGCAUCGACCAGAUGCAGGCGAGCGGCGGCGGCGGCGGCUUCUGCGACCUGCUCUCCAUGAGCGACUUCGACCUCUGGGCCGAGCUGGAACGUACCGCGUGAUGGGGGAACGACGUGCUCAAGGAUCGAUUUUUAAUUAGAGCUUGUUAAUUCAUAGAUGUCCCGUGGAAAUCAAAUUAAGGGGUGUUUGUAAUACUACUGCAUUGUAAAUUAUCGCGGUGUAUUUAUAGAGCUGUUUAAAUUAGCAACAUAUAUAAGGAAGAUCAGAGGCAUGAUAAGUCACUUCUGUACGAAUUUAUGUUUGCCACUUUGCUUUGGAGAGCAUGGGCACCGACAGAAAGAUGGAAAGGAAGAAGGAAAGCUGUAGAGAAUUGCGCCUAUGGAUGCAAUUAUUUUGGUUUGUUUAUUGUUGACAUUAUCUUUGUGCUUAUAGUGAUAGCAUUAUGGAACAA